GCCGGCGGCCGUCCCCAAUCGAUACGGGCCCAGUGGAGCUCCGACGGUCGGCUGUGACGCCUUGACGGGGACGGUGCGGGCGGCGCGGGGCGGUGACAGGUGCAGUGGUGCUGCCGGAGUGCUCCGCGGUCGUCACGGGGCCGGUCUCGCCUGUAGGCGGAGAUGGAGGCGCGGUUACUGGUGCUGGCCGCCGCAGGACUGGCGGCCGGAGUGCCGGGUGCCGCCUCCUUCGUAUACAGCAAAGUGUACCUGGACGACCCGAGUGUGUGUAACGGCACCAUCCACCUACACGACGGGCUACCGGCGGUGUUGGUGAGGCUCUCACCGGGACAGCUCACCCGGCCGCUCACCUGCUCCGUGCAGAUCGAGAUCGCCAAUAGCCCCAUCGCCGGGGGUCUCUCCGCCGUGGUGCAGGAGCUCAGCGUGGGCAAGUUUGACGACCCGAACAACUGCACCAGCUUUCUGAAGGUGACUACGUUCGGCCGCUCACACCGGUAUACGGAGCGUCUCUGUGGGGAAUGGCGCUCCUCAGUUCAUCACCUGGAGGUCAGGAAGAGCCUGUUCGGAGCCUGCGACCCGACCAUGGAUGACAAAUACGGGUAUGAGUGCACGGUGCGAGAGAUCAACCUGCAGGCGCACGUGCCUCGCGACGCCGUCAGUCUACAGCCCUCGUUCGAGGUGGUGGUCACUGCCUAUUAUAACCGAGAGCUGUUCAUGGGCUGUGGUGCGGGACGCUUCCUGUGUCUGAACCGCGACUCGUCUGACCAGACUGAACGCUGCAUCAGCCAGCGACUGGUCUGCGACGGCUACCCCAACUGCGGCUUCACGGCCAACCAGGACGAGUACAGUUCCACCUGUAACCAGCACACCGGCACGCUCACAGAAUCGGACCACUUUUUCGCCACGUGGGCGGGGUUCGCGGUGAUCGUCCUGCUGCUGGUGAUUGCCGUCAGCUACUUCAUCCGCUCGGUGCGCUGGACGGCCGCCAGGGAGCCGGCGGAGCUGCGCGGCCGCGCCGCCCGCCAGCCGCCGCCGCCGCGGCCCGGCGUACCCGAGCCGCCGCCCUACGAGACCCUCUACCCGCAAGGACCGCCCAGCGGCUUCCUCGAGAAGAAGCGGGAGCGCGCCGGGGCUGAGGAGGCAGCAGCGCCGCCGCCGGCGCCGCUCCGACCGACGGCGGCGCGCAGGGAGCCGGCGCCGGCGCCUCAGCGGCACGUGCUGCACGGUAGCGCGCGCGGCGCCGCCGGCGCGGCCGUCACGCACAUUUACGUGGAGCCGGAGGAGGGGUCGCCGGAGGAGCCCCCGCCGUACACAGAGAGGCCUGCGCUGCGGCACAGUGUGCUGCUGGCAGAGGCUGUGCCCUGAACGGGCGGAGCGCGCUGUGACACUCACCGGCACACGACUGGGACGGGAAUGGAGAGCGACGGGCGGAAGCGAAGAGCAGCGCCGCGCUGCCCUGGAUAGACGGAAGAAUGAAAACUUAUGGCUCCGAUGGGAUUCGAGCGCGCGCGGUGCAAAGUCGCUGGUCCGUGGUGGUUGGAUGUGACUGAUAUGUGACCGGGCGUGAUGGGCGCUGAGGUCAAAGGUCAGGGUCAGAGGUCAGAGGUCACAGAGGACAGGGGUCACCGCGGACCCGACCGGCCGACCGCGCCCCACUGAGGACCGCCGGUCGGCCCUCGAAGCACCGCAGGGCCAGCCAGCUGGAGGUGCCUGUCAGUGUUCGGUAGCCCGGUAUUUUGAAAGGACAGAUGAGCUUCGCCGGAUUGAGUUUGGACGAACCCACAUUACCAUUAUCAGCUGGCACCAAUGUGAUCAUCGCACUUGAGUUGACAAUAGUGUAGUGGCUAGCGGCAUAUAGCACCGUUACAAGGCUGUUUGGAGCCGUGGGGUAUGCACAUGUAUCGCAUUCAACAGACCUCUGAGUCGCCCAGCGACAUUAAUUGAGCUGGUUGUGUAUGCGGCUUACGAUAACGGAAGUUGGUCAGGGUUUAUGUCCAUGAGGAUCGGCGUGUGUUGGGCGCCGUUGUGCGGCGCAUAGAAUGGUGGCCUAUGGAUGGGGAGACCUUGGAACUUUCGCCCAUCUUUCAUUAGGUUCUCUGUCUGUUGUCCAGCUGUGCUGUGGGCAUCGGAGACUGUAACUAACGCUUUCAUUGGCGAUUCGGAUCCACAGUUCCAUGUAACGCUAUUGACUAUAACGCUCUUGAUUGUAACACAAUCAUGUGCUUAGGUAUCAACAACUUCAAGGUACCGUACAAAGCAAAACUUCUCUUGCUUUCACCUUACUUUCGAAUAUUAGCACACCUACGGCGAUAAAAUCAAAACGAACGCUGCUUUGUUGAUUAAGGCCAGUUGGCGUGGAUGUGUAUUGAUACCAAUGUCUGAACUUCUUUGUUGUAUUGGAGGUGUUGUAUCGAUGUAUCCGUUUGCGCAUUGGGGGCGCCAUCUACCGCCAGAGUGCAUGUUAAAACAAAAUAUUCGUCAACAAUUUUGCUCGUCGGUUUGUGUGCAUACGGCAAUGUGUGUGUGACGUCAGAAAAUUGUGAUCCUUCGAGAGAGAAUGUGCGUAAAUGUGCGAUUUCUCGCGUGUUCUGACGCGAGAUUGUGUGUUAUGUCGUUUGCCUGAUGUGACCAGAGAGAGGCUAUGUAUCGAGUCCAGACUAGGUUGACCGCGGCGCGGCACUCGCUUCACACAUAUGAUGCCAUUCGUUAUUUAUUAUUGUUCUAGGAUAUGACAAAUACAAAUGCGUACGCG